AUGACGGACCUCACCGCGCCUGCUGAUGCCAAAGCGCUCAAUGGCACCUUCCCAGCAGACGAUGCAGCUGGGCAGACGGUCGCUGCCACGGCCGAGUCUGAGAAGAUCUCUGCAGACGAGAUCGCGCUAUACGACCGACAAAUUCGGCUCUGGGGCGUCAAGGCGCAAGAGAAGAUCCGCACUGCCAACAUCCUCCUCGUCUCCAUCAAGGCGCUGGCAAACGAGAUCGCGAAGAAUCUCGUCCUGGCGGGCAUUGGCUCCAUCACCCUCGCCGACCACGAGAACGUAACCGAAGAUGACCUCGGCGCCCAGUUCUUCAUUAGCGACGCGGACGUGGGGAAGAACCGCGCCGAAGCAGCAGCUCCUCAGGUCCAGAAGCUGAACCCUCGGGUCAAGGUCAACACGUACACGAACCCCAUCAGCACAGAGACCGAGGCCAGCUUCUACUCCAAGUUCGAUGUCAUCAUCACGACCGACCUCGACUUCAACUCGACCAACACGCUGAACCUCUGCGCCCGCCUCGCGAACCGACCCUUCUACGCCGGCGCAUCGCACGGUCUAUACGGCUACAUCUUUGCCGACCUGAUCAAGCACAAAUACGUCGUCGAGCGCGAGAUGAGCAACAAGACAACGCAAGUGGGUCCUGAGAGCUCAACGCGCAGCGUCAUUGAGGCCUCGUCGAAGAAGGAGAACGGCAAGUCGGUCGAGACUGUGACCAAGCAGGAGAUCUACUCGCCCAUCAUGGCCAUCAAAGACUCGCCUCUGCCGCCUGAGAUCGCGGGCAACCAUCGCAGGCUGAAGAAAGUGCACCCGCUGCUCACUUGCGUGCGUGCACUGUGGGAAUACCAGUUCCAGGCGCACGGCGUCUAUCCAUCGCACGACCCGCAGCAGCUGCAGUUGUUCACCAUGAUGGCUACAGAGAAGCACAAGCUGCACCUGCUGCCGUCAAACACUCUCACCGCCGAGUUCUUACGCAGCUUCUUGCAGAAUGUGGGUAGCGAGAUCGCACCAGUUACUGCAUUUCUGGGUGGCCAGCUCGCGCAGGAUGUCAUCAACGUGCUCGGGCAGAGGGAGCAGCCGAUCCAGAACUUGAUGCUCUUCGAUGGCGAGGAGAGUGCUGGCCCGGUCUAUGCCCUGCACCCCAUCUUCGUCGACAACCCCAUCGCGGCGCUUCCAUCGAUUCCAAUGCCUGUCGAGGCCAUUUCUAUCGAUGAUUAA